AGGACUACCAUGGGAAGCUGUGAAAGCUUUCGACCUGCCACCUGGUGUGAAUCCUAUCAUAGAGGUCAGCGAUCGGUCAACGAUGAUCUCAGGGCGUCCAGCCGAGUUUGAGAAGGCAGUCGAAGCAUUAACGUCACAGGGCGUCUUUGUCAGACAGAUGGGACCUAACAUGGGUGCACACAACAUUGAUGUGAUGGCCCCAGCGCUGCCUGGGUUAAAGAAGGCACUACAGGAGGUGAUUCCGAGCCCACGGCGGGCAUCCCAUCGGUGGAUUAGCACAGUGUGGUCCGAGGAGGAGUGGGACACCAGAGGUCGCCUCUGCUCACCGGACUACGUAUUGACAAAUCUCGUGGAGCCUUCGCGUCUGCGUCAGGCGUUGGCACGGAUACCGUCGGGCGCCAUCUUGAUGGAAGUGUCGGCUGAAGGAUUCAUGAAAAGCAUGAGCGCAGGAGGAGACGGGGGCUCUGGUGGUGGUGGUGGAGGAGGGCCCCACAUCACCGUAGUGCCGCUGAUGGAUCCCGCAGCAAAGGACAACCGUCGCUUCUUCCUGUCCAGCCUGGACAAGUGCUCACCAGACAGCGUCUGCUCCUCGCUCGAAGCAGAAGAGCUGUUGUACGAGCGAUAAGUGUUGCCGCAAUGGAGGACAAGAAGCUAAUUAAGCACGCACAUCCACGCCAUUGUGACAGCCGUCAUUUUAUGCGAAUUCCAGUGUCUAAUAUAAUAAUAAUCACCGGAAACCUAUUACCGAUGGCGCUAACGUUCGCGAAGGAUGUGCAAGACAAUAUACAUCACGCUCGCAAUUUCUGUUAAUGGAGAGACUAGGCGCAUAAUUGAUUAGAUUUUCGAUGAAUAACGAUUAUUUUGUGUAAUGUUCCAUUCGUCAGUCCAAGCACGAUGAAAUAAAAAGCGCGCAUGAUGUAGAGUAUUUUCGAUUGUGAUCGUUAUGACUUAAAUUAAAGUUAAUGUAAAAUUAGCUGCGAGUUCUAAAUGCGUGGAAAUGCUUGCUGUUCGCUCGUAAUUAAGUUAUUAAGUAUAAUCCUAUAUCAGCUAGUGCACUCUGUCUCAGCACCGCGGCAGCAUCUCAUUCCUUAGCUAAUGUGCUGCGAAAUCUUGUCAUUGACCGGCUUUUAAAAAAUGUAAAAAAAAUAUAAGCAUACAAGAGCCGAGGAGAAGCAUGUACCCUACACGUUAA